UGUAAGCCGCUGCGGGGCCAAGUGUCGGUUUCAUUUUAGCCGCGAUCGUCGCCCGGCUCGGUCCCGCUGCACGUUGUUCAAUAUUUGGUAAAGCAUAGCUUGAAGGCCCCAAUCUGGACGCUCGCACCAUCGCCUAUCGACCCCUGAACCUGGGCGGGCAGCCGCUUAUGGCCGAACUGCCAACGACGCCAAACGGCGCUGCCCUCGGGGCUGGUGGUGAUUAUCUGCAUCGGUCCAUCGAUCAGCUGCGCACCCUCAGCCACCUGACGCAGGCGGAUCUGCGCACUGCCCAGCUGGUCCACGAGUACAAGCCCUUCAACAUCAGCGAGUUCCGUCAGAACGUGGAGCGUUUGGACUAUUCCCUGAAGAACGGCCUUGUCCAGCAGCAGCAGCAGCAGCAGCAAAUACUUGUCGAGCAGCAGCAUCAACAGACGCAUCAGCAUGAUUCCGACCAGCAGCAGCCCCAGCAGCAGCAGCAGCAACAGUUGCAUCAUCAGUCGCAGCUAAAGGGCAAUUAUAGUGCGCCAAGUUCGCCGCCAACGCCCACACAGCUCAGCGAGCAGCAGGAGCAAAAGUACGAUCCAAGUCGUUCGCCUUCUCGACAACAGGGCAGCAAUGGCAGCAGCGGCUCAUCGCCGGAGGAUCAGCGUCAGGGUGGCGAGCAGACGAAGCCGUACAAGUGCGCCUCGUGCAGUAAAUCCUUUGCCAAUUCGUCGUAUCUGUCGCAACACACGCGCAUCCAUUUGGGCAUCAAGCCGUACCGCUGCGAGAUUUGCCAGCGCAAGUUCACGCAGUUGUCGCACCUGCAGCAGCACAUACGCACCCAUACGGGCGAUAAGCCAUACAAAUGCCGGCACGCCGGCUGCCCCAAGGCGUUCUCCCAGCUGUCCAAUUUGCAGUCGCAUUCGCGCUGCCAUCAGACGGAUAAACCGUUCAAAUGCAACUCGUGCUAUAAGUGCUUUGGCGAUGAGGUGACGCUUCUGGAGCACAUACCCAAGCACAAGGACUCCAAGCACCUGAAGACGCACAUUUGCCAGCUGUGCGGCAAGUCCUACACGCAGGAGACGUACCUGCAGAAGCAUUUGCAGAAGCACGCUGAAAAGGUCGAGAAACAGCAGCAGCGCCACACGGCGCCCCUCACCAAUCUGCAGCAGCACGUGCCCGCCGGCGGCAUUGGCCUGAAUCUGCAGCGUCAGGCCAUGAAUGAUGCCAAUGCCGCGUACUGGGCCAAAAUGGGCGCCGAUAGCGCCGCCGCCACGCUGGCGGAGGCCAUACAGCAGCAACUGCCGCAGGCUAAUGGCAGCUCCUACGCGAACUUUGCGACACUCCAACAACAGCAUCAGCAGCAGGAACUGCUGCAGCAGCAUCAUCAGCGUUUGGUCAACGGCGGAACGGAAACGCCCGGCCACUCGCAAAGUCCCCACGACGAAGUCGGCGAGGAUCUGGUGCUGCGCCAGACCACGCCACAGCAUCAUCUACAGCAGCAACAGCAGCAGCAACAGCAACAACAGCACCAACAGCAACAGCAGGCAUCGCAUUCGCAUUCACCCGGACCGGGCACCUCGGCCUUUACGCCGCUAAGCGCCGCAGUUGCACCACCGGCCUCGCAUCUGCAACAGCAUCGUGCACCGCCUUCAGCCACCGCUGCCUACCUGUACCAGCAGAAUGCCGCAGCCGCUGCUGCCGCCUUUCCUACGCAGCUGAUUUCGCUGCAUCAGAUACGCAACUAUGCACAUCAGCCUGGUGCCGGGCUCAUACCCAGCGAUCAUUUGGCAUUAGGUCUCAGCGCCGUCGCCAAGGAGAAGGCUCAAUAGUAUCGGGCGGUUGGCCACAAACGGCUGCCAAAAGAGCAAGAGCUACGAUGACAACAACCUCUUAAGUUAAGAUUAAGUUAGGCUUAGCUUAGUCCGAUUUGGAUUGCUGUCAAUGCUUGGUAUUCGCUUUCAUCUUUGAUGUAGCACCUCAGUCCGCGCUGGCAAAGUGUGUGACCUGAAGUAUACCCCACUAGCCUGUAAAGGAUUCUUAUACCAAAGCACUUUAUAGCCAAGGCGGCACUGCAGUGCCACAUCGAAGCAUACUUACAGAUUCAAUAACCCUACACUGCCUCAAAAAAAUAUAUAGACACACAUAGACGAAACCAGGCACUGGCAGCACCCCAGCGCAGAUCCCGUUUGGACAUUCUCUUUCCAAGCAGACUCAGGUUUUUCGCUUAGCUCUAAGAACACAAUUUCUAACCAAUAAGCAAUAUUUACAAGCCAGAUAAAUAUACGCCCAAAACUCUGUUCAACUCGAAACUUCAUCGUUUCGAGUUGCUUAAAGUUUUUGAAUACAUUAUGAUAUAUCCUAAAAGCCUGUACAACAAUCUAUAAUAUAGAGUAUCAUAGGUGCCGUACAAAGUACUGCGAUAGUUAUAUAUCAACAAAAAUUUGUACAUAUUUGCACAUACAAGAUUAUAAUAAUGUGCUGUACAAGUCAACGUAUCAACGUGGUUAAUACAAUCAACAAUCUGUAUCUAUAUAUAAUUCAAUUUUACAAUUCUACCGAUGUGUAUAGGAUAUUUUAUAUAUUUAUGCAACUUGUAAGCAGAUGUUUAUUU